AUGGUCAUACCUGUCAUCAAGGCUUCAUUCCCCAGUGCGUCGAAGCACGUUCUCCUGCAACACGACAACGCGAUUCCACAUGGAAGCAUCACGGACGCUGUGCUCGAAGGCGUAUCGACUGACGGGUGGACGUUCAAGAUUCGCAAACAACCACCCAAUAGUCCCGAUUUGAAUGUAUUGGACCUGGAGUUUUUCGCGUCCAUACAAAGCUUGCAAUACAAGAAGAUGAGUCGGACUGUGGAUGACGUCGUCCGCAACACCAUGGAGAUAUUUGACGAACAGCGAUGGAAACAUUGCCUCGCAGGGUUCACCUACGACGACAUUCGAGAAUUCAUUGUGUUUACACUGAAUCGCGUAAUGUGA